AGCCCAUACUCAGGGCUGUAAUGUCCUCUAAACCUACACUCAGGAAGUGCUGUUGAGACUCGAGAAAGUUAGAGCAAAUGUUGCGCAUAUUUUCUUUUACUGUACACCUCUGUGUCCUUUCUUUCUGGAUACCUAAAAACUUCCAGCACUGUUAGAGCUGGCAGGAGAAACCUCCGUAUCUCACAGAUCCAGCAUCCACUCCAGCACCGCAGCCAGCUGCUGCUGUCCCUGCAAUGCCUCUGUUCCGGGCCUCAGGUGAACGCGGUGGGGCGAAAGCUCCGGCCGGCCGGAGGAGGGUGAGGAAAAUGAAGUGGAAGGGGAGCUGCGGGAGGACAGAUGAAGACGGCUCAAUCCCCUCGCUGAUGCGGCUGUGUCUGCUCAGCCUCGCUGACAACAUGAAGGAAGUGUGGGUGAAAGACUAUGCUGACAACUACCUGGAUCAAUAUUCAUUCAGGCACAUUAUGGGGCCUUUCAACUUCCUGCCCGGCGAGCUGGUCGAGGAGCUAACGUGGUUGCUGUGCACCAGAAACCAGUUGACACGGGCGGCCCUCCACCUCCUGCUGGUCCCCCAGCUCCAUGGCCUGUCUCUGGAAAGGUGUCCUGGACUGGUCACCUCUGCCCUGUGCGCCCACAUUGCUGCACGUUGCCAGGGUCUGUGGAGUCUGGAUCUAUCUGGGGCCCAGCAGCUGCCUUCAAAAGUCCUGUCUGAAACUCUCUGCUGUCUACCUGCCCUCCGCUCACUCUCCCUGGCCGGCACGCCUUGCGACAGACGUGUGAUCAAAACGAUCGCCCACCACUGCCGUUGGCUGCGCCACCUAGAUGUAUCCCGCUGUCACUUCCUUUCUCCUGCUGCUCUUCUUUCUCUUGGAGGUGGGGCUCUCUGCUCAUCCUCUACUAGUUCUCCUAACUCAUCCGUUCGCUCAUCUCAAUCUCCUGUUUCCUCUUUCUCCUCUGACCCCUCCUCCUCCUGCUUUUCUGCACCCCUGUCUCCUCUCCCCCUCAGCAGUCUGCUGGCUCUGGAUACUGGGUUUGGGGAACAAGAGGGAGACCCUGUGGCAGCAGCGGCCUACCUGCUCCUCGCCCUGUCUGGCCUGGAAAGAGUGGCCAUGGAAGGCCUGGGGCAGGCCUGCUGUCUUAUUGAGCGAAGAGAGUUUAGCCAGAUGGAUGCGUUCACUGACAGAGAGGGAGUUCCAAGGCUGGAGGAAGUGUGGAGGGAGAGGAGGCACAGGCAGGGCCUGGAGAGGAGGAGAGAAGGAGCAGCAGCGAUAGAUGAGGAACAUGAGGAUGGGGAGGAGGAGGAGGAGGAGGAGGAAGGGAUAAUGUGGGAGGGGUAUGGCGGUGCAAGUGAGGAAGAUGCAAGUAGAGAUGAAGGGCCAAGUUGCUCUCUGAACCAAGCAGAGGAGAAAAAGAGAGGGAGAGCUCUGUCACAGUCAGACGAUGAACGCCUGAUCCUGCGCUUGAAGGACGCCAAGGGCUUAAGUUGUGACUUUCUGGACACCGUAGGCCGUUUAUGUCCAAACAUCUCCUCCAUAUCUGUGACCGCCAAUGAUAAUGAAGAUACCAGCGGAAGAAGCCAGGGGUCUCUGUUAGCUGCCGGCCUCCAGACCUGGUCGGGCCAGCUGCAGAACCUUUCAGUACACUUCCCAGGUCCUCUGGUGGAUCUCCUUCCUGCCUUGCAAGUUGCAGGCUCCUCACUGGUCUCUCUCACCCUGGAGGGGGUGAAAACCAGCCCCCACUCCCCUCUACUAGAGAUCAUUAAGUCCUGCCCCAGACUGAGAGACCUGGUCAUCUCUGCUGAACCUCCUGACAUGCCAGAUGGAGAAGACGAGGUGGAUAUGUUGGAUUAUCGGGAUCUUCCACAGCUGCCUAACCUCUUCUCUCUCACACUCAAUUUCUCAUAUGUCAGCCUUUUCACUUACAAUGACAUCCAAAUGCCUGUGAGGUCCUGGAUGUCCCUGCAGAAGGUGCUCCAGUGUCUCCUGAUGGGUUCUCCUCUACUGGAGAAGGUCUCGCUGGUCUCCCUGCCAUGCCGUCUGGACCACGUUUUACAGCAUGUACUGCGCAGGGGGGAGUUGUACCUGUGUCGUCCUGCAGAUUCUGCAGAGGUGCCUCCCAUGCCACUUGGACGGGUUCAACACCUCGACCUGAUGCGGACAGAUGUGACGAUGAUGACGCUGAGAAAGAUGAUGCAACGGAGCAAGAGACUCAAGUUUGUAGAUGUGAGUUACUGCUGGGCAAUUAGUCAGUUUGAGUGGUUGGACUGCAAGACGGUCAGUGAUGUCAAAAUUGUCUGGUUGUAGUGACGAGACAGUCAGCUUCCAAGGAGCAGGAGCAAUACUGCUGAAGGUGGAUAAGCAAUGCUUGAAACUGUUCAAAUAAAAGAAACAAUGCACACUUUUUACAGUGUUCGUUGCAAUAGUUGUUAUAACUCUAUAUUUCAGACUAUUUUUGCACUGACAGAUUCCGGUGUGCCUUUAAUUCUUGUCUCAUAUCACAGUGUUUCCCCUAGAAUGACUGUCGUGGGAGGGGGGGGCGCAUAUACGCAGAGACGCACGUGAAAGAGGAAGUGGAUAGAGAGUCGCAAACAUAAAUUAUCUUUUAAUUUUUUUUUACAUUUUUUUCUUUGCUUUUCUUGGGAGGUCGGGGGGGGGGGGUCCCGUUGGCAGUAGGGGAAACACUGUAUCAAAACACCUUGGACUUAUUCUUGCAGUGGCUGGGAUGAAUUGCAAUAGUUUUGUAUCAUCGGCCAUUUACUGUCAUGUUUUUUUUUUCUAAGAAAAUGGUGCAAUGAACAGACAACUUAUAAGUUGCGUGUGAGAAACCACAUGGUAUGUAUUAUGUACUCUCAGUACACUAUCAAUAAAGAAGGGGGAAAUAUGUA